AUGAGCGACGAAGAAGAACAAGCAUUUGGAAAGAUUGGCCGCAUUGCCAUUAAAUCACCACCUUUUUGGCCAGAAGAACCUGACAUAUGGUUCAACCAAAUUGAAAGCCAAUUCGUCUUGGGUGGAGUGACUCAAGAUUCUACAAAAUAUGCUUAUGUCUUGUCUCAGCUUGAGGCAAAAUAUGCUAAAGAAGUUAAAGACGUUGUUACUAAUCCCCCUGAACGAGGAAAGUAUCAAGCUCUGAAAAAUGCCUUAAUUCAAAGGCUGUGCGCUUCUCAAGAACAACGCAUUCGACAGCUUCUUGAACAUGAAGAGAUCGGUGAUAGGAAACCUUCGCAGUUCUUGCGACAUCUUCAAACACUCGCAGGCGCUGUAGUAUCUGAUCAACUCCUGCGAACGCUAUGGUUAGGUCGACUUCCUACCCAGAUGCAAGUUAUUCUGGCAACCCGGUCUGAAGAUAGACUUGAAGAUGUGGCUGAACAGGCAGAUAAGAUUCACGAGGUCUCUGGAAAAGCUGUUGUAGCCGCCGCUUCAACAAGCACAGCUACUAAAUCACUUGAAAUGCAGGUUCAAGAGUUAGCUAAGCAGAUUGCCGCAUUAACCACUAAAUUUUCAAAAAAGAAAAGGUGGGAACGAAGUCGAAGCCGAAGUAGAAAUAGAUAUGAAGGCCAAAGGAAACAGAAAGAAAUUUGUUAUUACCACCGACGAUUCAAGGCAGAAGCAAAGAAAUGCACUAAGCCUUGUAACUUCAAGUCGGAAAACGAGGAGGGCAGUCGUUAA